CUACCAUUCGCCACAUCAAAAGAAAAAUAAAAAUGAAGCUCUCCGUCUUCACUAUCUUACUCGUCUCAGUUACCGCCUCGCUGUAUGGCGCCCUUGGCGCCGAGCAGUGCGGCAUCCAGGCCGGAGGCGCCCUGUGCCCCUACGGCCUUUGCUGCAGCAGGUCGGGCUUCUGCGGAACCACUCCCCCUUACUGCGCCGACGGCUGUCAGAGCCAGUGUCGACCGCCCACUCCGCCGCCUUCCCCGCCGCCGGCGCCCCCCUCCCCGCCCUCGCCAGCCGGCGAGGGAGUAGCAUCGAUCAUCUCCUCCGCUCUGUUCGACGAGCUGCUGUUGCACCGCAAUGACGACUCCUGCCCGGCCCGCGGGUUCUAUCAGUACGAAGACUUCAUCGCGGCCGCCGAUGCAUUCGUCGGCUUCGGGACGACGGGGGACCUCGACACUCGGAAGCGGGAGAUAGCGGCUUUUCUGGCGCAGACGUCGUUCGCGACCACUGGCGGGUCGCCGAGUGCCCCGGAUGAACCUUAUGCAUGGGGUUACUGCAUUGUGGAGCAGGUGAACGUCACCUGGGACUACUGCGUUCCGAUCACCUUGUGGCCAUGCGCACCUGGGAAAGAGUACUACGGCCGUGGGCCCUUUCAACUCUCCUACAACAUCAACUACGGCCUGGCGGGGAAAGCUCUCGGAGUGGACCUGCUCAACGACCCGGACUUGGUGGCGACGGACCCGACGAUCUCGUUCGAGACCGCAUUCUGGUUCUGGAUGACCCCUCAGUUGGGCAAGCCGUCGUGCCACGACGUGAUCACUGAUCGCUGGAUCCCCUCCGACUUCGACAUACAGCGCGGUCGGCUUCCGGGGUUCGGAGUAACCACCAACAUCAUCAACGGCAUGCUCGAGUGCGGGCACGGGAUCGACAGUCGCGUCGCGCAUCGGAUCGGGUUCUACAAGAGAUAUUGUGACAUUCUCGGAGUCAGCUAUGGGGAUAACUUGGACUGCUACAAUCAGUGGCCCUUUCCUUGGCGUAGAGCCGUGAAAAAGGAUUAGCUAAUGAGGCCACUUUAUUAUAAUAAAUAAUCACCUGUGGGAGAAAAUAAUGUAAUGAAUAAGACUAUAAUGGCAAUGUGAUGGCUGUCGUAUUGCUGUUACCAAAUAAAAGAAGCAGUGUCUGAAUUUGGAGUGCCCUUUUCUUUUU